GUGCAUAGGUCCUACUGGCUAGUGGCUACUAACCUGAACCUGACCUACCUGAGAGCGAAUGUGUGUUACUGUGUUCUGAAACAAGAAAGAUUGUAAAAGAAGAAAGCAUUUUGGAUAGGUGAAUAAAUAAAGGAACCUUACCAAACGUAGGAAUAUAUUUCAUUUUAUACGAAGAUCUACGGGAUAAAAUCAGUUUGCGUGUACAAUAUCUGAAGGCUAAAAUUGGCUGUAACUUGAUCAACGUCUUCAUCCGCGAAGUUUUUGCUACUUUUGGUGUAAAGUGUUAGACAUUAGCAAAUAAAGCAGGAAACAUUUUCGCUACGAUGUGCUGCCGAAUCAAGUUCUCAACAUGUGUUUAGAUCUGAGUUAGUAUGUCGUAGUAAAUGAGGAGUCUUGGCAGACAGAUUUUUCUCAAUGGAAUUGAGGUCACAUGACCUGAAGGGCUUGGCAGGGAGAGGAGGCAUACUGGCCUUGGUCUCUGAAGUGUUCGUGAUGCACUAUGAAGCAACGGGAUGAUACAUUGUCAUGCUGAAGGUACUUGUAGCCCAAGAGGAAAUGCAGGCAUAAAAAUGGAUACACAUGAUCAGAAGUAUAUUCCUGUAUCAUUUGUCAGGGAGAGACAAUGACCAGCAGUCCAGGUUUCCAUUUGAUCUCAGAGUUGGUGUUAGGUGACUUCACUAUUUUUUUUCCUAAAUUACAUUGAUGUCCACAAUUAAAAUUCAAUGGAAGUUCUGAAAAUCCAUGAACAUCCUAAUCUGGUAGAAGAGUGUUGCAGUCUGAUAAAUAUGGAAUGGCCGAGGAGUAAGACAGCAAGGUUACGCACUCUUCAGCAGUCUUCCGACAGCCUGCCAAUGUCUUUAGUAUUGGUAAAAGAUCAACAUGUAAUUGGCCAUAGCAAACUGACACCUUUACCAGCAGAACCAAAUGCAUGCUUUGUGGAAUCUGUUGUUAUUCAUCCAUCGUAUCGCAAACAAGGUCUCGGCAAGGCACUCAUGAAUGCAUCAGAGAAUGAAGCUCAAAAGCUCGGUCUUCAUACAGUCUAUUUAUCAACUAUCGACCAACAAGGUUUCUACCUGAAACUUGGAUACACAGAAUGUGCUCCAGUUUCAGUUUAUGGCUGUCCUAUAGCAAAGUGGAAUUCAUCACAUACUAUGGUCCACAACAACAUGCUCAGUGACCUAGAACUGCAAAACGAAGUUUCACCAUUAGACAGCAGAACUCUAACAAAAGAUACUGUGCCACUACAGCAUGAAGCUACUUCACUACUGCCAUGUCAACUACCGCCCCCUACUCCUCCUCCUCCUCCACCACCACCACCACCACCACAGUCAUUACCUUUGGCACCGACACAGAAACAAAGAAAGACUUUUAUGAAAAAAGUACUUUAAUAUGUGUUACAAUAAGAAACUUAAAAUGUUUAUUGUGAGGUCCAGGUAUACAUGACAACAUACAAUAAUUUACUAUUUUUACAAAUCUUGUAUUUUCAUAAUGUUAAAGCACUGCUGAUGCAGAUCUCCAUGCUAUUCUGUCCUGUGCGAGCCUCUUCAUCUCCAAAUAACUGUUGCAACUAACAUCCUUCUGAAUCUGCUUACUGUAUACAUCUUUUGGUCUCCUCCUACUAUACCCUCCCCUCCCCCCCCCCCCCCCCCCCCCACACACACACACACACUCACUUCCAUCAAAUACUAAACUGGUGAUCCAUUUUGUCUCAGUUGUGCCACAAAUUUCUUGUCUCUCCAAUUCUAUUCAGUACCUCACCAUCACUUAUGUGAUCUACCCAUAUAAUCUUCAAGAUUCUUGUGGAGCACCACAUCUUAAAAGCUUCUAUUCUCUUUUUAUCUAAACUGUUUUAUCGUCCAAUUUCACUUUCAUACAUAGCUACACUCCAUACAAAUACCUUCAGAAAAGACUUCCAAACACUUAAAUGUAUAUUUGACAUUAACAAAUUUCUCAUUUUCAGAAAUACUUUUCUUGCUAUUGCCUGUCUACAUUUUAUAUUCUCUUUAUGUCAGCCAUCAUCAGUUAUUUGUUUCCCAGAAAGCAAAACUCAUCUACUAUUUUUAGCAUCUCGUUUCCUAAUCUAAUUCCCUCAGCAUCACCUGACUUAAUUCGACUACAUUCCAUUAUCCUUGUUUUGCUUUUGUUGAUGUUCAUCUUAUAUCCUCCUUUCAAGACACUGCCCAUUCCAUUCAACUGCUCUUCCAAGUCCUUUUGCUGUCUCUGAGAGAAUUAAAGUGCCAUUAGCAACCCUCCAAGUUUUAUUUCUUUUCCCUGAACUUUAAUUCCUACUCCAGAUUUUUCUUUCACUUCUUUUACUGCUUCCUCAAAGUACAGAUUGAAUAACAUCAGGAAUAAGCUACAAUCUUGUCUCACUCCCUUCUCAACCACUGCUUCCCUUUCAUGUCCUUUGGCUCUUAUUAAUGCCAUCUGGCUUCUGUAAAAUUUGUAAAAACAGCCUUCCACUCCCUGUAUUUUACUACUCCUACCUUUAGACUUGCAAAGAGAGUAUUCCAGUCAACAUUGUCAAAAACUUUCUGUAAGUCUACAAAUGAUAUCAACAUAAUUUUGCCUUUCCUUAACCUAUCUUCUAAGACAAGUCAUAGGGUCAGUAUUGCCUUGCGUGUUCCUACAUUUUUUCAGAAUUCAAACUGAUCUUCCCCGAGGUAGGUUUCAACUGUCGAUACUGAAAUAUGAACUUUGUAGAGUUGUUUAGUUCCAUGACCUGGUAUCAUUAAGGUCAUUCUGUGACGUAGGUUACUGGAAGGAACAAAGUGUCAGAAACCAUGGAACAUUUAUGAACCACCACCUCAUGAACUAGAAUCAUGUUUCAACCCAUGUGCUCUGUCUUCUGAUGCAUUCAGAAUGUGAUACGAAGUACACGUAUUGAACACAUUACUGUGAUACCAUAUGUUAUCAUGAUGUUAAUAAUACAUAUACUUUACUUUCUCGCAAAUAUUCUAAUAGCACAGAUUUCACUAUUUGACUAUGUAAAUUAUUCAUUUGUAUUUUAUGUCAGUGGCUUAAAGGUCAAUAAGAUGCAAGACAAUUCUUUUGAGGAUUUAAAAAAAAGAAUCCCAUUUCCUGGUUACACAAAAAAAAAAUUACAUCUAACAGAAAGACAUGAUAUUGGAAACUCCAUAAGUGGGAAGGAUCCAUCUAUGCAAUAACUGUAUGAAUACUUCCUGUAUGUUCACAGAAUUAUCUGAAAACACAGAUUAACAAGAGUCAGAGCUUAGAUAUCCACUAUUUAUAUCCUGGCAGGUGAUAAUUUUCAAUAGUUGUUGGACUUUUACUCAUUCUUAAAUGACAAGAAUUAUGAUAGUUCAGAGUUGUUUGUUGUAUGUCCUUUGCUGUGUUUCUUAUCUUCGCUCUUUUAACAUGACUUCCUAAUGAUUUAUUUCACUGCUUCUUCUUUCAUCUCAUUUUCCCGUUCAAAUAAAAUCCUUAUGGGUAUUGCCUGCGCCAUUUUGAAACACUAAAACCAACUAUAAAAGCACUGUUUCGACUGUGUUUGCAGCAUUUAUUGUCAUGGCAAUGAAUUACUACCUAAAUGGCAGCAUUAACAGGGCUCUGUACCAGUUGAAAUCUUUAAAUUUUCAAUUUUUGUUUUUGUCACUGAUCACCUACAAAAUUUUACCUUUCCAAAUAUAUUAUUGCCCUAUUUUUGGUUUAUUCAUUCAUUUAAACAAAACACUGUGUGGUGGUGACCAUUUUUCAAGAAUCUGAACAAAUGAAGGAGGUAAGAUUUGUCAGUUAUUUAAGAGAUGGGGAUUUAAAAUUUUUCAAAGCAGUUGUGGAAGAGAAGCCAUAUGAAGAAAAUGUAACUACCAUUAAACUGAAGUGUAUAGGUCAUGUAUAAAAGCAAAUGGAAUACAAAGCUGUGACGACUGAAAAUUGCAUACAAGGGAAAGAAACUGCAAGGUGGCAGAGCAUUGUAUAUAAGAAUAGACUCACGGAUAUAAUCCAUGUUACUAUGGUAUAGCAAUCAGGCAAAAUGUUUGUAGUGUAGAAGACAUGAGAAAAGUUGUAUGGGCAAUUUUGUUUCACACCUCUCCAAAGGCCGAUAAACCCAUUCAUAGCCUAUGACCUCUAUGAAGUGAUUCAUGGUGCAAAUACAACAGAGCACAGCGAAAUUGUGAGAAAUUUAUUCACAUACCAACAAUAACUUUUGACAAAGUGGAGGUCUUGGAAGAAACUUUCAGAGAUUUGUCAGAUGUAAGACUAUUGAAAAAUUGUCUUCCUGGCUACAUACAGUUCCUAAUGAGUCCACCAACAGCUUAAUCCCCAAUAUAGUGCUUGUGUCAUUUAGUACACUGCAUUUUGAUGUCUUAGUUGCAGUGACAACUUUGUGAAGGAAGUAUUGUAAGGUUUGAAGUCCUGAAAAGACUGCUGCAAAUUGUUAGUCUUUUCACAAUGAAACAAAUGUUAAAUUUAGAUAACAAUAGAGUCAGGGCAUCAGAGAGAUCUAUUAGAUAACUUGAAAUGAGGGCAAGACAACACACAUGAACAGGAAAAAGGGCAUUGCAAGAUGAGAUGGAAGAGGAAGCAGACAAUCCAGAUGCAGACAACCCAUCUUACAGAGCUAGAAUGCAUUGAAAACUUUAGUGACUGUUUCCCCUAAGUUGCAUCUUUUAAGAACAAAGUGUACUUUUUCUCAGUGUCUACUUACCAGGAUUUGUUCAAAAUUACAGGAUACACCUAUUAUUGCAGUUCGCCUUAUUUUCUGGCAAUUUGACAGCUCAAAAUGGAUGAUUCACAGUUCAUCAUAUUAGUGCCAAAACAUUCAAGCUGUUAUAGUUCUUGACAUCAAGAAAAAGAUACUAAUGUCAGGGAUAGUGUGUGUGUGUGUGUGUGUGUGUGUGUGUAUUGGAGGAUACUACCAUGUAAUUAUAAUACUUAUUUUAUUAUGAGAAUUUAAUUAUAAUUUAUCAAUAAGAUAACAUUAAAAUAAGGCUUUUCAUUCCUGUCGAUCUAUUUGGGAUACUCGUUUCAUUUCCCAAUAGAUAUCUCCCAUCUUCUUUUACCAACAGUUUCACUACUAAUAUUAAUGAAGUUUCUGUCACUGUGCUGACUGUCAAGAAGUCUCAAAUAACAAGAAAAGGAGAUUUUGCCUCAAUAUCUCAAUGGGAAGAAAAGUUACAGAUGUUACCUAAACAACAGAAUACUGUCUCCUUUAUAAACUAUCAUUUGUCAAAAAUCUCUUUUCAAUAUCAUGAACAAAGUGUAGCCGACAAUACAUGGGCCAUCAUGUGUACUAUUUAUGUGUUGAUCACUUCUUUCUGCUGUCACCCAUUUGUGCUGUGCAUU